CAAAACAAAACGGCGAGCCUCCACCACCACAGUUGAAUCCACCGUCCACGUGUCCUCACAACACCGCCGAUCCCCAACCGCACCCGCUCCGAUUCCUCGCCGUAUUCCGAGAUCUCAACAGGUACUCGGCUGAAGAAUGCCUGGACACGAAGUCGGUGACGAUGAGAUGAUGAUCGAUGAGCAUGAACAGAAACAAGUCAAUCUUGCUCCUGAUGAAUUCAACUCUCAGUAUCUCAAAAUUUACUAUGGGAAGCUCUUUCCGUAUGAGGAAAUGUUCAAAUGGAUGUCCUAUGCAAAUGAUGGCAAGCAUCCUGCGUGCAACCAGUCCUACUUUGGCCGGAGAGAAUUUUCUUUCACACUGGAUAAUGAUGUUUAUCUGCGGUACAAAACUUUUAACUCCGUGUCUGAGCUUGAAAGUUCUAUCAAAGAGAAGUGCCCCGUCAAAAUAGAUAUUGGGCCUGUGUACAAUGUCGAUCCUGCAAAGAGGCAUUCGUAUGCUCAAAGUGGUUGCUUUCCUGAGGAGAGGGAACUGAUCUUUGAUAUAGAUAUGUCAGAUUAUGAUGAUGUUAGAUACUGCUGCUCAGGAGCUGAUGUGUGCCUGGAGUGCUGGCCACUUAUGACAAUUGCUAUCAAAGUGAUUGACACUGCUCUUAGAGAUGACUUUGGUUUCAAUCACAUUCUCUGGGUAUAUAGUGGCCGACGUGGUGUUCAUUGUUGGGUCUGUGAUGUGAAAGCUCGAAGGCUCACAAAUGAACUCAGAGCUGCUAUUGCUGACUAUUUUCGCGUCUACAAGGGAAGCGAAAACAGUCAUAAAAAGGUUUCUUUGAUGGGUCCUGCUCUUCAUCCGUUUCUUGCGAGAUCAUAUACUGAAGUUCUUAAAGACUUCUUUGAGAAGACAUUGCUUUCGAAUCAAAAGAUACUUUCAACUGCAGAGAGAUAUGAAAAGAUCUUAGACAUGAUUCCUGAUGAAUCUGUCACUUCUGAGCUUCGGGGAAAGUGGCAACGAACCUCCAGUGCAAAAGAAGACAUCAAUGUCGCUCGUUGGGAGCAGCUGAAACAUUUGCUGCAAUCUGGAAAACAGAAGAUGCAAGGACUGCGUAGAUGUGUGGAGGAGAUCGUGUUCUCUUAUACCUACCCUAGACUUGACAUGGAGGUCUCAAAACAUAUGAACCAUUUAUUAAAGGCGCCAUUCUGUGUACAUCCAAAAACAGGUCGUGUUUGUGUUCCGAUUGAUCCCAACCGUUGCGAGGAGUUUGAUCCUACUGCAGUUCCAACCCUUUCCACUCUUAUAGAAGAACUAAAUAAUGGGGGUUUGAGAGCAGAAGCUGAUAAUGAACGGGAUAGAACGUCACUUGGGAAAUCAAUAAGGUUUUUCCAGUCAUCCUUUUUGGAGCCUUUGGUAAAAUCUUGCAAGGAGGACAUGAUAAGUUCGUACAAUGCAAAACUGCAGCAGUCGAAGCUGCAGCAGUCAAAGAACGUGCUUGCUGCAAUCUAG